AUGCCACGAAGAAAAGCUGCAGACCGUACGGGUCCGGUGAAGACCCGGUCUCGCGAGGGCUGCAAAGAAUGCCGCGCGAGCCGUGUCCGAUGUGACACCAAAAAGCCUCUCUGCACACGUUGCUCGGAGAGAGGAUUGCCGUGCACGAAAGAUCUGACCCUGAAAUGGGAAUCGGAAUUUGUCAGUCGUGGAAAGGCCUUUGGACGUGCGGGUGUAUGGAGCAAAGCUGGGCCUGAUGCAACUCAAUCUACACCCGGCUCACUUUCUUCAGAAACGAAUGAGUGGUGCCCCGUACCAAAUGUCAGCUCUUGGGGUUUCAUAAACAGCAGUUCUUCAACGUUUGAACACCCAGAUGAAGUGAACGUGGACUUCGACGAGCUAAAUGCGUUAGCUCAUGUUGCUCAAGGCUCAAACCCAUCAUCUCCUGGAAAUGAUCCACUAUGGUCCUGGUUGCAGCGUUUCCCACAACUCCAUGGUGUGGCAACGAACUUCAACCAAAGUCUACCCCCUUCUCUUGCACUUUUCCCAGAGCUAUCCAAGUCCGGCCAUGGAGAGCUAUUUGAUUACUAUCUCCAUCAAGUGUGUCCUCGCACGGCAGCUAGCUCCACAUUAUCAUCGCCAUUCGCCUCCGUGAUCUUGCCCUUCUGCCUCUCGGCCUCUCCCACACUCUUUAAAGCGAUCCAAGCAUUGGGGGCAUGUCACUGGUCAAGACUUAAUCCAAGUUACAGUGCUAUCGGUCUGCGUUACAAAUCAGCGGCGUUGAGGGACCUUCGUCAUCGGCUUGCGUCGGAAGGAACUCUGACAUGUUCCAUGGAUCCUGAAGUUCUGGUGAUUAUGAUCAUGUUAUGUUUGUACGAGAUAGUGGACAAGUGUGAUCAACAAUGGACAAUCCAUCUCAAAGGCGCCAAUGACUUGAUUCGCCUGAGGCGAAAACAGCAAAUGACCUUGGCGCAAUCGACAGCAGCCUCAUCGGAUCCGGUGACAAGGUUUGGGGAACAAUUCUUCGCCUUCCAAGAUGUCAUGGGUCGAACCGCCUGUGCCAAAGAGGUCUUGUUUGGUACCGACUAUUGGAGACCGGAUGAGCGCAACAUCGAUCUCUGGAUGGGAUGCAGCCCCGAGUUGGUUUCAGUCUUGGCCAAGAUCACAGAUAUGAGUCGAACGAGGAGGCAGAAUACGUCUGAAGAGGACAAAUCAUCAUUUUCCAUGCGUGCAGCCGCCCUUGAACGUCAGCUAGAGCACUUGGUCCAGGAAGUGGGAGAAGGCAACGACGAGGACCUCGCAUUGGUUGCAGAUUCCAAGCGUCUGGCUGCUGUACUUUACCUACAUUGUGCGUUGUAUGGGGCGAGCCCUACUACACCUCUGGUGAAAGGCUAUGUGCGCCAGAUCCUGCGACUCAUAUCCGACCUUCUUGGGCGUGGACAACUGGUCAACGUUACAUGGCCGGUGUUUGUGGCAGCCGUGGAGCUUGAUCCUUCUGAUGACGAGAUUUUUUCAGAGUCUGGGACCGAGUCAGGAUCCGGUCGAGCAAUCGUGCUACGCUCUUUGGCCACAAUGGCCGAUUCAACAAUCUCGAACAUUGCCCGAACACGGGCCGUGAUCACCAGGUUAUGGCAAACACGAGAUUCAGACCUACUCAAGGGAUCCACCAUACAGAAGCAUUGUAAUGAUUGGGAAUGGUAUGUGGUUCCAAUCAGCAAUGCCAUGAGUCUGGCGUGA